AUGGCCGCGAACUGCGCGGGGGCCGCGGGGACGGCGGCGGGAGCCGUGGCCGCGGUGGGCUCGGCCCUGAGCGCCAGCAAGACCAAGACCAAGAAGAAACACUUCGUGUGCCAGAAGGUGAAGCUGUUCCGGGCCUCGGAGCCGCUGCUCAGCGUCCUUAUGUGGGGGGCGAACCACACGAUCAAUGAGCUCAGCAAUGUUCCCGUCCCCGUCAUGUUAAUGCCCGAUGACUUUAAAGCCUACAGUAAGAUUAAGGUGGACAAUCAUCUAUUCAACAAGGAGAACCUGCCAAGCCGCUUUAAAUUCAAGGAGUAUUGUCCACUGGUGUUCCGGAACCUCCGGGAGAGAUUUGGGAUCGAUGACCAGGACUACCAGAACUCGGUGACGCGCAGCGCGCCCGUCAACAGCGACAGCCAGGGCCGCUGCGGCGCGCGCUUCCUCACCACCUACGACAGGAGGUUCGUCAUCAAGGCCGUGUCCAGCGAGGACGUGGCGGAGAUGCACAACAUCCUCAAGAAGUACCACCAGUUCAUCGUGGAGUGCCACGGGAACACGCUGCUGCCGCAGUUCCUGGGCAUGUACCGGCUCACCGUGGACGGCGUGGAGACCUACAUGGUGGUCACCAGGAACGUCUUCAGCCACAGGCUGACCGUGCACAGGAAAUACGACCUGAAGGGCUCAACAGUAUCCAGGGAAGCAAGUGACAAAGAGAAGGCCAAGGAUCUCCCAACGUUCAAGGACAACGACUUCUUGAAUGAGGGUCAGAAGCUGCAUGUUGGAGAAGAGAGUAAAAAGAACUUCCUUGAAAAGCUGAAGCGGGACGUGGAGUUUUUAGCCCAGCUGAAGAUCAUGGAUUACAGCCUGCUGGUGGGCAUCCACGAUGUGGACAGGGCCGAGCAGGAGGAGAUGGAGGUGGAGGAGAGGGCGGAGGACGAGGAGUGCGAGAACGACGGGCUGGGGGGGAACCCCAUCUCCUCCUACGGGACCCCCCCCGACAGCCCCGGGAACCUCCUCAACUACCCCCGGUUCUUCGGGCCCGGAGAGUUCGACCCCUCCGUGGAUGUGUACGCCAUGAAGAGCCACGAGAGUGCCCCCAGGAAGGAGGUUUAUUUCAUGGCCAUCAUCGACAUCCUCACGCCCUACGACACCAAGAAGAAAGCUGCACACGCCGCCAAAACAGUGAAACACGGGGCCGGGGCCGAGAUCUCCACGGUGAACCCCGAGCAGUACUCGAAGCGCUUCAACGAGUUCAUCUCCAACAUCCUGACGUAGUGGCGCCGGGCCCGCAGCCGGCACCCAGGGGUGCUGCAGCCCGGCAGAGCUCAUCCUCGUCCUCAUCCUCAUCCUCGUCCUUGUCCUUCCGGGAGCAGAUCUCCAGAGCUGCUCGUUGGAUUCCUUCCCUCCAGUGGAGCCAAGUGCUUUGUUCCAGCGCUGCUCUUCCCAGAGCGAGCUCUCUGCUCUCAGCUCUCUGCUCUCAGCUCGGGGCCCGUGACGCCGUGGCACUGUCCCCAAAAAGGGUCACGGUCCGUGCCUGAGUCACAAACCACUCCUCCAUUUUUUUGGGGUUUUGUUUUUUUUUUUUUCUUUGUGUUGUUGUUGUUGUUGUUUUAUUUGGACUGGCUUGGCCAGAAAAGACGAACGAAGCCCCUUUUUAUUUCCCCUCUCGGUAGGAAUUGGAAGGAAAAUAGCUCGCCGUUUCAAGGAUGGAAAAAUAGAACUCUGCUAAAAAGGAGGAGUCGCUGAACUUUAGGUAAAUUCCGACUGGGACACUUUAUUCUCUUUUUUUUUUUUUUUUUGGUUAAUUUAAGCAACGAAAAGAAAAGAAGAAGAAAAGAAAAAAAAAAAACCAACAAACUUUUUUUCUAACUGCACUUGAUUUACGAGAAGGAUGAGGGAAAUGAACAUCUACCAAAGAUGAUCUCUGAAACAAAACGAAAACAAAAGGAGUAACUCCUAAAAAACAACCAGUGUGCGAAGUGAGAGAGGCAUUGACCAACCUCAGCUGGCCCUGUGCUGGGACCUGGGGUGAUUUCAAUCGCCCAGCUCUGAAGAUUUCCUCAAAGGAAAAGAAACAUUUAAAACAAAAAAAAAAAAAAAAAAAAAAAGGCAUUUUUGUAGAUUUUGAGCCUCGUUUCCUCGGUCAGGAACGGCUCCGGGGUCACCAUCACAAUCCUGCCGGUGUUGAUGAGCUAAUUAAUUGUGCUGUCUUCCUUCCCCGCCCCGCCUGCCGCAGGUACUUGAGUGCAGAGGUUCCCGGGUUGGGGGUUUUUUUUGGCGACGUUUUCGUUCCAAACCUGAACUCGCGCGGCAGGAAUCGGCCCGGCUGCUCCAAACCCUCCUCGGGUGCUCGGGGCUCCUUUCCCAGCCCCUUCCCCGCAGGAUUUGGGGUGUCUGGAAUCUCCAGGACGCUUUGGGACCCUUCCCCAGGGGAGCCCCCGUGAGCUCUGCUGCGCGAGUUGCGGAACUCGCGGGAAUCUUUGUUUCGCGAUUCGUUCGUUUCGUUGCCGUGGUUUUCCUUGGUUGGUUUUUAAUUCCCUUUCGAAGCAGGAUUUAGAGUUUCGAACAAACCUCUUUGCAGUUGGAAAACCGUGUUGCUUAAUCUGCCUUGGAACUGUUUUUCACACAUGCCUUUGUUUUUUGGGGAAUAAGCUCUCGGGAAUGUCUGUCCUGUGCUGUUGCCGGUUUUUUUUUUUCGGGGUUUUUCUUUUUUUUUGCCGUGCGGAAUUUUUUUGGUCCUUUUUGAGAGGUCACUGGUGCUCAUCACCUCCUGGUAAUUCCCUUCAAUUAACCCUGCCUCUGGGCUGGAUUCCGAAUGUGGGUUUGGGGUUGUUUCUUGGGGUUGUUUUUUUUGUUGUUGUUGCAGUUUUUAUUUCCCCUUCGCCCCCUCCCCGUUUCCCGUUCCUGACGUGAAUCCUCGCACAGCUCUCAGCUCGGAGCCCCCGAGGGUGCACUGUAAAUAGACUUUUGGAGAAAUGAGAAAUUCGGAGUCCUGAUGGCGUUUGAGGGUUUUUGGUCGUGGGACAAAUUUCUGCUGCCCCUGUGGCGUGAGAGGCUGGAGGUGUCCUUAAAGGCGUGGAGCCGGAAAAGCCACGACCCAAACACAGCUAAAAAACUACUUUAAAAUUAUUUUUAAAGGGCAUCAUCAGCUUUGUUUUGUGGGCAUUAUAUUGGUUGCUUCUCUCUUAAUGAGCACUUAAGUUUACUGCUAAUUAGGGAUUAAACACCAAUCGCUUUUUAUUCCUGACAGUUUAAAACAAACAAAACAAAACAAAAUCUGCAUUGAAUCCUCAACUUUGGCCUGGUAAGUUUGCCCUUCUCCUUUCGGGGAAAGUAGCUCGGAGGUUGUUUUAGCUAGAAAUCAUCUAUUUAAAAAAAAAAAAUGAAGUGGAGAAAAAAACAUGAAUGAAUGAAGAGGAGAAGAAGGGAAGGAGCAGGGAGCAGGAGCGGGGUGAACACCACAGAGCAAACCCAGGGCGAGUGAAAAUGGCACAAAUUCUCCUCCAGGGAACCCCAGAACAACAAAAAAGGAACCAAACCCCCCAAAACUCUGGGAAUUCCUGCAGAAAUCCCCCCAGGGCUGUGAGAGCAGGGAAUAUUUCCUUAUUCCAGGCUCCUGCUGGGAUUAAAUCCGGCCGUGAUCACACGAAGAUUCUUCCUCCCUCUGUCGCCGUCCCUUGUGCUGCCAUAACGUAGAAAGUGAUGAAAUGCAAUUUUCUCACCCAGUGAUGUGUUACCCACCUUUGUAACUUGGUUACAAAACUUUUUUUUGGUUUUUUUUUUUCCUGUACAUUGUUUACAUUUGGAGAAGUAGCGUUAACCUUCAAAAAUCGCUAAUUGUUUUUGUUUCUAGACAGUAUUUUUUAUUACCAGGACGAAGAAGUGAAGCUGCAAAUAUUUGCUUUGGUUUUUAUUUUAAAAAAAAAAGGGAUUUUUUUUUCCCCCCCUUUCAGCUUGUUUUCUUUUUGUUCCAUUGGUUUUUGGUUUUGCUUUUUUUUUUUUUUUUUUGUCUUUUUUCCUUUUAAAUCUUGUUUUAGGUCACUUUUUUUAACUCGAGUAUUUAAAAAAAAAAAAAAGGAAAAAAAAAAAAAAGGAGAACCACCCAACCUUUCCAAUUCUGGUUUUACACCUGCUUGCGCUGGUUUGUUGUCUGUUUCUGGCGUGGAUUUAGUUCUAGUUUUGCUGACUGUAGAUAUUCCUGUCCUUAGCAUGAACCCUGCAGAACACAUUUCACUGACCCCCCCCCCCCCCCCGAAGCUGACAGGAUUUGCAGAAUUCAGGAAAAUUUUUUUUGGCCAAAAAGAGCCAAAUUUGGUCCAGUGGAGUUCCAAAUAAUCGGCGAGCUGACAGGAUUUGCAGAAUUCGGGAAUUUUUUUUUUUUGGCCAAAAAAGGCCAAAUUUGGUCCAGUGGAGUUCCAAAUAAUCGGCGAGCUGACAGGAUUUGCAGAAUUCGGGAAUUUUUUUUUUGGCCAAAAAAAGCCAAAUUUGGUCUGGUGGAGUUCCAAAUAAUCAGCGAGCAAAUAAUCCCCCGAGGGAGCUGCGGGAUCUAAAAACCCCAGAUCUGCUCUGGAGCGGGAAUUUCCCUUUUCCCUGUGGAGAAAUCAGGGUGGGGCAGCGGAGGCAGAGCCGGCUGCGCUCCCAAAGCGCAAUAAAUCCACAGCCCUGCCUGGCCUUCGUCCUGGGAGUCGUGGAAUUCUGCUGGGAUUCACCCCUGGGGAUGGGAUUCAUUCCCUGGGGAUGGGAUUCGUCCUGUGGAAUUCCUUCUGUGGGGAUGGAAUUCAUUCUGAGCGGAAGAAAUUCCUUCCUUGGGGAUGGGAUUCACCCUGUGGAAUUCCUUCUGUGGGGAUGGAAUUGAUUCCUUGGGAAUGGAAUUUAUCCUAUGGAAUUCCUUCCUUGGGGAUGGGAUUCAUUCCUUGGAAAUGGAAUUCAUCCUGUGGAAUUCCUCCUGUGGGGAUGGAAUUCCUUCCUUGGGAAUGGAAUUCACCCUGUGGAAUUCAUUCCUUGGGAAUGGAAUUCAUCCUGUGGAAUUCCUCCUGUGGGGAUGGGAUUCACCCAGUUGGGACAGAAUUCAUCACUUAGGGAUGGAAUUCAUCACUUGGGGAUGGAAUUCAUUCCCUUGGGAUGGGAUUCAUUCCCUGGGAAUGGAAUUUAGCCUAUGGAAUUCCUUCCUUGGGGAUGGGAUUCACCACGUUGGGACAGAAUUCAUCCUGUGGGGAUGGAAUUCAUCACUUGGGGAUGGAAUUCAUUCCCUUGGGAUGGGAUUCACCCUGUGGAAUUCCUUCUGUGGGGAUGGAAUUCAUUCCCUUGGGACAGAAUUAUUCCUUGGGAGUGGAAUUCACCCCCUGGGGCAGCAGGGGUCCCACAUUCCCACACUCCCCCCUUGGAAUCUGGAUCAGCACAAUCAGCAAGGAAACCUGAACCACUUCCAGUCUUAUUUCCUUUUUUUUUUUUUCCUUUUUUUUCCCCCUCUUUUAUUCUCUUUUUUUCCGGGAGGAAAUUCCCGCUUUCCCUCCCGCGGGGCCGUGGGAGGAUUCCAGGGUCGGCUGAGGGCGGGGAGGAGCUGGUGGUGGUGGUGGAAAUUCCCAAUCCAUGGCCACUGUGCCGUCCUGUUCCAGGCUCCCUCCCUGGAAUUUCACCCCCAGUUGAAGGAUCUUCCCCCCAAAAUCAGGGCGGGUGUCCCCAGCCCCAAAUUCCCAAAUCUCCCCUUCCUGCAGAGCCGCUCCCGGUGUCCCCCUCAGCCCCUGGUUCUUUGGGAUGGAUCCCACGGAUAACCGGGAUGGAUCCCGUGGAUAACCGGGAUGGAUCCCGUGGAUAACCGGGAUGGAUCCAUUGGAUAACUGGGAUGGAUCCCGCGGAUAACCGGGAUGGAUCCCACAGAUAACCGGGAUGGAUCCCGUGGAUAACCGGGAUGGAUCCCGUGGAUAACUGGGAUGGAUCCCGUGGAUAACCGGGAUGGAUCCCGUGGAUAACCGGGAUGGAUCCAUUGGAUAACCGGGAUGGAUCCUGGAUAACCGGGAUGGAUCCUGGAUAACCGGGAUGAUCCCGUGGAUAACCGGGAUGGAUCCCACGGAUAACCGGGGUGGAUCCCGUGGAUAACCGGGAUGGAUCCCGUGGAUAACCGGGGUGGAUCCAGUGGAUAACCGGGAUGGAUCCAUUGGAUAACCGGGAUGGAUCCCACGGAUAACUGGGAUGGAUCCCGUGGAUAACCGGGAUGGAUCCCGUGGAUAACCGGGAUGGAUCCCGUGGAUAACCGGGAUGGAUCCCGUGGAUAACCGGGAUGGAUCCCGUGGAUAACUGGGAUGGAUCCCACGGAUAACCGGGGUGGAUCCCGUGGAUAACCGGGGUGGAUCCCACGGAUAACCGGGAUGGAUCCCGUGGAUAACCGGGAUGGAUCCCCUGGAAAAUUGGGAUGGAUCCCACGGAUAACCGGGAUGGAUCCCACGGAUAACCGGGAUGGAUCCCGUGGAUAACCAGGAUGAUCCUAUGGAUAACCGGGAUGGAUCCCACGGAUAACCGGGAUGAUCCCGUGGAUAACCCGGAUUGAUCCAUCGGAUAACCGGGAUGGAUCCCGUGGAUAACCGGGAUGGAUCCCGCGGAUAACCGGGAUGGAUCCCAUGGAUAACCAGGGUGGAUCCCACGGAUAACCGGGAUGGAUCCAUGGGAUAACCGGGAUGGAUCCCACGGAUAACCGGGAUGGAUCCCACGGAUAACCGGGGUGGAUCCCGUGGAUAACCGGGAUGGAUCCCAUGGAAAAUUGGGAUGGCAGAGCUCCGGAUUUUGAGUGGAAACCGAGGGGAGCGGAGCGAGCGGAUCCCACACCAGGGCACGAGGGUGGGCAGGGCUGAUCAGUGCAACUGAGUUUAAAAAAUGUGAAUAAAUUAAGUUUAAUCUAAAAACUAAAAUUAAAAAAAAAAAAAAACUAAAAAAGAAUUUAAAAAAAAAAACCACAAAAAGAAAAAAGAACAUUCUAGGUUUUUUUCACUGCUGUUUUUUAAAUAGGAAUUUGAAGUCCUCUGUGCUUGUCUGUUUGCUAGGAGCAGUUUGAGACACUGUUACUGUUUUGAAAUGCAUGCAUGUUACGAGAUGAGUCUCCAACCAGAGAAAAAAACAAAAAAACCAACAAAAUAAAAUUCAAACUUUGUGUA